AAGGAGGAUGUAUGUAGGAAUUAAGUGGAAUAUCCUGUUCAGUAUAUUCGGCAUUGUGUCCUGCACAUUGUCACCGACCGGAAAAGGACAGAAGAAUGGCAAGAACGAGCUGAAGGUCCGCACUGGUCCGGUGGACUUUCUUCGUCCUGAUUUAAUCCGCGAAGAACCGAGUGCGAGGGAGAUUUUGGUGGAAAAUGGAGCUUAUUACUUCAAUACGUCGCUUAAGAACUUCAAAGGAACUGUGCUGGGAUACGUGACACCGUGGAAUGGCUAUGGAUAUGAUAUUGCGAAGAGAUUCACCCCAAAAUUCGAUGUGAUUUCACCAAUUUGGCUGCAAAUUCUGCGAAAAGGCGACAGGAAGUAUAAGCUAGCCGGUGUGCACGAUAUCGAUGAGAAUUGGAUGAAGGAUCUCAAGAGGAACAGCAAUUAUCAGACAAAGAUCGUUCCACGUGUGUUGUUCGACAAGUUUAAGGAUGAAGACUUCUCAAAACUCCUGGCUUAUCCUGAGGAGAGAAAAGUUGUUUCACGCCUAAUACUGAAUGCCUGCGACACUUAUCGCUUCGAUGGUAUUGUUCUGGAGAUUUGGGCUUCGUUGGCUCUCCGGAUGGACGAUCCGUUCUUGUACAAUCUCGUGAUUGACAUCGCCAAGCCUAUGCUGGAGGCGAAACUCCUUUUCUACAUGGCAGUGCCGCCGCAAAGGGAUCACUUGCACAACUUAUUCACUCCGGAGAACUUCGCUUACCUCAGUGACUACGUGAGUGGCUAUUCCGUGAUGACGUACGACUACUCAAACACCCAGAGACCAGGACCAAAUGGGCCGAUCAAGUGGGUGCGCGACACCAUUGAAUUUAUCUGUCCACGCACUUUGCCCAACUAUGCUGAGAAGAGAAAAAAGAUCCUGCUGGGACUGAAUAUGUACGGGAAUGACUUCACACCCGAAGGCGGCGGACCGAUUGUUGGGCACGAGUAUUUGAGACUUCUGAAGUAUGUCAAAGGGCGGCUGCAGCACGACGAGAAUGAUGCGGAGAAUUUCUUCGAGGUGAAAACACCGACCGGACGCCAUAUAGUAUUCUAUCCGACGCUGUAUUCCAUCAAGAAGCGCAUAGAGCUGGCAGAAGAACUGGGCACAGGACUUUCUAUUUGGGAACUAGGACAGGGACUUGAUUACUUUUACGAUUUGCUGUAAGAACUGAAAUGAACUGAAGAUCAAUAAAGACUCAGUUGCGGUACGAAUUUCAUAACUUACACGCUGUCUUUUAGUUUCCUCUGC